AUGGUUCAAUUACCGGCAGAUGCUCCUUCACCAAGGCUCUGCAUUGUGGAGAAAAAUUCACCAGAUCAGGUAUUUAUUUUCCAUUUCUUAUUUCCAUCGAGACUUUUUGUUAGCUGCUUCUGA